CAAGGAGGGGACGGGAUGGAUUUGUCUGUGGGAGGGAGGGCCUCUCUCUCCCCAGUAGAGUUGGGGCUAGACGCCCCACCCUGCAUACUUCUCCUGACACACACCCCACUCCCCACUCUCCUGCCCAGCCUCCAUCCUGGGAACUGAGACCCCUCCCCCAUGCAGUGGUCCCUCUGAGCCCAGGGGUCUGCCUUCCCCCAUCUCAGUGGGCAGUGAUCCCAAUAACCACUGGUGAACUAAAGCUUGGCACGUGGCUAGCAGUUGAUGUCCAAGAAGGCUGGGACUGUCCCUGGAUACCUGUGCCAAACCAAUACAUGCUCCUGGCACCCACAUGCAAGGGUGCUGUCCGGCCCCACCAGUCUACGGUAUGGCACAGCCCAGGCAAAGGGACCCAGCAGGAAAACCCAGACUGUGGGCCUGGCCAGCCCCAGUCCUUGUGGCCACUGCCCACUUCAGCUUCUGCCGGACCCUCUUGGAGCAAACAGUGUCUGCCGAGAGCAUCCCCUGCCCCCUGCCCCGGACGCCAGGCACCAGUCUCACAUGGCAUGAUGCCCGCAGUCAGAGGGCAGCCAGCAGCAGGCCAGUCAAGCUCCUGCAGCAGCCCGGCUCGGAGGCCCCCCAGGUAUGCCUACCCCCUCAUUGCACAGCCCCAGCUCUCUGCCUCAACCCCUCAAUGCUGCCCGCUCCCCCACAGGGCCGGCUGUACUCGGACCACUAUGGCCUGUACCACACGAGCCCCUCCCUGGGUGGCCUGACGCGGCCGGUGGUCCUGUGGAGCCAACAGGACGUCUGCAAGUGGCUCAAGAAACACUGUCCCCACAACUACCUCAUCUACGUGGAGGCCUUCUCCCAGCACGCCAUCACCGGCCGGGCGCUGCUGCGGCUGAACGCAGAGAAGCUGCAGCGGAUGGGGCUGGCUCAGGAGGCACAGAGGCAGGAAGUGCUGCAGCAGGUGCUGCGUCUGCAGGUGCGAGAGGAGGGGCGGAGCCUGCAACUGCUCAGCCAAGCCUCCUACAGAAGUAUGUCCUAGCUGCUGCAGAGGCUGGACCCAGACCUCGGCACUGUGACUGACCCCACCCACCGGGAUGAGGCAGAGCUGGCUACGCGCGGGAGGGGGGCGGGCUGCCCUCUGUACCCUGGGGGGGCCUCCUCACGGCCUUGGCCAGGAGGUGAGAUGGGGCCUCCCUUGGGGGCCUAGUGAGGAGAGCAGGCCUGUGGGCCCCAGGGAGACAGUCUGUCUAUAUGCCCUCCCCUUGCCUGCUGAGCCCCAUGGAAGGGGUCCAACCCCAUCCUGUCCAGGGCCCUGCUGAAGAUGGACAGAAUUUCCUAUCCCCCCCACGCCCCCACCCCAUUCCAGGUAUCCUCACGUGUCCUGGAAGCCUCCCUCCGCCCCUUUGGUGCAUGUGGAAGUCAAGGCUUCAGGUCCAAAGAGGCCCCCGAGGCCCCUAGAAGUAGCAGCUGAGGCUCCAGAUUGCCCUAAGCCCACACUCUGAGUGACUCCAUGCUCCACUCGGCCAGGGCUCCUUCGUUAAAUGCAGACUCCUCCAGAAGCCAAUCUGCCUCUGGAGGCCAGCUAGGGCCUGGUGGUUUGGGGCCGGUGCUGCCCCACAGAGGGACAGUGGGGGUAGGGGAUCCUACCCUGCUCCCCUGCCCUCAGGGGGCUCAGAAAUCUCAGGGACGAUGAGACUGAGCCCCCAGCCCUGUCAUGUGCCCAGAGCUGGUCAUACAGGCCCAGUGUCCCUGCCCCAGCU